AUGGAGGAUUGCGACCAAUCGCUCUGGCGGCCGUACCCCGUCGCACGGCUGCCGCAGCUCACGGCACACAUUGUCGAGGACCACCCCACGCCCGGAUGCGCGACCGUCACGCUCACGUCGUCGGACGAGGCCGCCGUGCCGUCAAGCUCGUUUGUCGCUGACUUUGCGACGCUGGCCAAGUGCGACCGCGGCCGCAAGUGCCUCGCUUCCAUCCAAACAAUGCUGCUCGAGAACCAGCCAGCGCACUUGCAGCUGCUCUUCCGCGUCAUGGCAGACAGCCCGCACAAGACCAGCUACGCCGCCUGGGUCGCGACGGGCGAGGCCAUCCUUGCAGACAUGGAUGCUGCAUCUGCCGCAUCUGCCUCCUCCUCGACCACAACCACGGCUCAAGAGACACAGGCUCAAGGGACGCAGGCUCAAGGGACUCAGCCGCUCCCUCAACUCGACACCCCAUCGCCAGCAGUUGUGGCCGCGAGCCUCGCCACUCCGACGACCGAGCUGCUCGCAGCAUCGCCCACAUCGUGGUAUCCACACAGCCGCACGCUCAUUCGUGUCAAGAGACCCGAAGAGUUUCUCCUGAGUGAAACUCGCGGGAAUUGGGACGACGGCAUCGAACGCUCGUACGCUGACCUGGUACUGAUGGCCUUGCGCGUGAUCGCCUACUACUGGCACGCCGGCCGCUUACCAUUCGAUCGCUACCUCAUCCAGACUGCGCAUAUUCCGACUCAACUUGUGAAGCUGGGGCGCGAUGUCGCUUCAAAGCAGAUGCUCGCUGAGAUUGUCGAAGGCGUCAACCAGCUCGGUCUGCCCUUGGACGAAGGCAUGAUCGACGGCGCAAACGAAGCGCGUGAUGCGUACGCUCUGCCGCAUUUGCGCCUCUACCCGCGAUUCGACUGGGACGAGUGGCAGACAUACCACCUGACCUGCCCCCUCCUCGUCCGGCACCUCUUCCUGGCUGUCUGGCACGGUGACAUCCCCAGCCUGAGACAGAAGCUCGGCCAGCUGUCGGCACUUGUUGACAGCGGCGCUCCGCUGCGCCAGGCGCUGCCGAACCUCAACUUUCAGUCAAAGAGCGAUAUCCCGGCUGCGGAAGUGUUGAGCAUUAUCGUCCAGCGAGUGUGUUUUGAUAACACGCCGCUCGAUGAGCGCUCAAGGAGGUGGUGGUAUUAUCUGCUCAGGAGCAAGACUGACGCUGACCGCACGCUCGCCUCUGUGCUGACCGGCGAGCUACUCACAAGUUGCAUUUCGCGCUGCCAAAGCCAUGUCACGCUCCUGCAUCUCGCGGUGCUGCGGCGCCAUGCUGAUGUGAUCCGCAUCCUGGUGAUGGAGUGCGGCAUGCCCGUCGAGCUCGGCCUUUGGGCCGCAGUGCGGUAUGGCCUCGUCGACAUGGCCCGGCUGAUGGUGGAACUUGGGGGGACGCCGACCCGUUUUCUUCUUGAUGGGGUCGUUCGCAACCUCGACUGCGACAUGCUCCGCUUCCUUGUCGCGGCUGGCGGCGUCGUCACGGCCCGGGAGCUCGCCGUGUACACCCUUGAGCACGACAUCCCACGCGCUGACUUCCUUCAGGCGUUGCUUGAGCUCGGCGCGCCCAUCGACGCUCAGGUGCCGGCUUGGUACUAUUAUCCGGCUUCUGACCGUACAAGACCACAUCUCGUCGAUCUGCUGCCUCGCCUGGCUGCCAAGAGCACGCGCAUCGUCCCGCUGCUGCUGUCAUACGGGGUGCGGAGAGGAGCACGAGCUGCACUGCAACACGCUCUCCUCGCACGCGAUCUGGAGGUCUUCCGACUGCUGCUGCAGUCCAUCCCCGUAUCCGAGCUCGAUAUGCAUCUGUGGACCGAGUUUAUCCCCCGGUGGCUACCCGAGUCAUUCAGGCCACUCUCGCCAGCUGAACAAACCCGUUUCAUACUCGCGAUCGUGGAGUACGGGUUGCCACUGCCCAGCGCCCUUCCCGCUGCCGACGGAACGGAGUUUGACUUGUUCGCCAACCGCAAAUCGUACGACCUUGCUGGACUCUCGGACACCGAGAAGAGCAUUUACCGAGGUGCGCAGUUCGCUGCGUCUUCCGUUGCCUUCAGCGAGGACACUGCGGCCAUUCGCAUGCUCAUUGACCACGGCAACGGCGCACCCUGGCUUUUGUUGCUUUGUGCGUCUGUUCGGCCUGAGUGCCCCGACCAGUUGCUCUGCCAAAACGUUGAGCUGCUUAUUUACGCCCUGUCGCGACUGGAGCACGAUGCGGCUGCGCUUGUGAGCGAGCUGUGUUUGCUCGAAACAGCUUGCGAGUUACGUUCGGCCAGUUGUGUUCUCCUUUUGCGGCUACUUGGCAUUCCAGUCAACUAUAGCCGAGAAGAGUUACUUGCCCGGUUUCGCGCUGCGGUCGCGCGCCAGCGCCGUCGUGACAUGACAGUGACGGAAAUGCUGAUGGAGCCUUGGGCGCAAGUCUGGAUUGCCAUGCUCACUCCCCCCAAGAUGUCGCUGUUGAAUAGUGCUCGCCGGGCGCUCUUCCGCGCGCCGCAGCCGUUGCGCCGGUUUCUGUAUGAUGACGCCCAGCAUACGUUCGGCGAUUUGUACGAGCCGAUUCCGCCGUCGUCGGAACUACUCACGGAGGCACGCGUGGAUGUAAACAUGAGGCGAGCCACGCGGUCACCCGUUUGGUGGCUGUUGAGCCUGCUGGUCGUCGCCCGGGUCUCCUCUGGGCAAGAGCAAGCCGCAUGCACUUUCUGCACGUGCGUCGGAUCGCCCGUUAUCGAGGUCAAAAAUUGCAACGACGCACUCAUCACCAUUCCCUCCAAUAUUCCGACCACGGUGAAAAACAUGUGGAUUGAUAACACGUUCAUUCGGUUUAUUCGACCCGCUGCAUUCCGUGAUCUUUCUUCGCUGACUGUGCUCGGCUUGUAUGGGAACCAAAUUUCGGUCAUCCCUGCCAAUGCUUUCUCCGGUCUUGUGAGUUUGAAAGUUUUGGACUUGCGCGAAAAUGGCAUUUCCGACCUGUCCGCGAGAGCGUUUACAGGUCUUUCAGCGCUGACAUUACUCCAAUUGUCUUGGACCGGUCUCACAACGGUUCCGCGCGGAAUGUUGGCUGGCCUUACUUCUCUGCAACGUUUGGAAUUGCAGAACAACUUGCUUUCUACCUUGCCUCCUGGGUUGUUCCAGAAUCUGUCUGCAGUUACACAAGUGGAUUUGUCAGGGAACUCGUUUGGCGCGGUUGCCCCUCCCAGCACGUACCGAGUCUUAACCAGCUUGAAUAAGUGUGAUGCAGCGUGUGCCACUUGCUAUGGAGCGGGCCCAGAUGCAUGCUGCGCCGCCUUCUGCCUUUCAUGCAACUCGACCAAGUGCACAUCGUGCUAUGUCGGUUCCGUCAUGGUGGACGGUGUUUGUGGCCCACCGGCACCUCUUCAGAUCAUUGCUGCCAGCUUCCCCGCCACAGCUUUGGAAGGCAACGAAAUUCAAGGAGUUAUUACCCUCCACAAUUAUGGGAAUACCUCGUUGGACAACGUUAAGUUGGGAAUGUACCCCGGGUACGGUCUGCAGCUGGACCUGUAUGAUCAGCAACAAAAGCCUGUGCCCUAUCUGCUGCAAGCUGAAGUUCAACAGGCGAUAACUAGACUUGCAUCGGGGACAUCAUCGCUUGACGGGUAUAUCGACGAUAUCGGACAAGUUUCCCUUGCUGCAGGUCAAACUCUGGCAUUCCCUGUCAAGUUCGUUUUUCAAGGUCCCGCGUUUCCCCUUCUCUUUUUCUCUCGUUACGACGCUUGGUCUCUGCUCGUCCAAGAUACCAGCAACUCUGUCGGUGUGAUUUGGCGGAUUGAACCGCAAGAAACCAACAUUGCCGUUUCUCCAAUCGCCAAUGAUGCUGAGCUUGUUUGUGGCUGCACACUGGCGAUCAACGAGAUGCCUGAACUCAUGCUUCGGCGGCCGCUGGCAAAGCACCUUGUCCCCCUCGACACGAACGCCGUUAUGGAUCGUUUUCAGCUUUGCGCUCUUGCUACGGGCGGUCGAGUUACACUGCUGAAUGUCACCACGGGCUCCAACCGCGCGUCGUGCCAGGAAUCGUGCUUCAACUCGCCAACCUGCUCCUCCUUCUUGACCAACGAUCCUUACGCUGCAAACACGGAUCGGAGCAUCCCACCGCUGUGCAUUUUGAGCGGGGCUGAUCGAUUCGACAAGCAGUACCGACCAAUCAACGCACUUCGCCGUGACACGUACCUUCAAGUCGACGACGUUAUUGCUGCACUCGAGCGCCAAUCUGAACAACAUCACGUCCUUUCGCACUUUCGACGCACGCUUCCCGGAUCGACCGUCUUCGUCUCUGGGUUUUACGUCGCCAGCGCGACGGCUGAUUUCCGGUUUGCGCUGUUGGUCAACCCCGCAUUGCCAACUAAUGAAUUGGAGUUUAUCGAAGCCGAAGUUCGCAUCUUGCUCAAGCCGAACGUGACGGCGAUGGACAUUGCGCUGCUUCGCAAGGAUGCCGACUUUUACUCGGAGCACUACAUGGCGCUUGCUUUCAAGAUGCCGAAUGAUGCCCUGUCUGAGCUGUCCUUCUCCAUGACUGCCGGCAACCAGUACUACAUUGAAGCGAUUUUGUACUAUCAUGGCCUGUCCAGUGGCCUCACCCGUCCCGCUGUCACGUUGGAAGUGUUUUCGACAAUCUAUGCUCCAAAGCUCACACCCGAGGUUGGAAACGCUCCCAUGGUGUUCUACCAUCCAGAGCGUGCACGCAUUGCUUUGGGUUGCUGGGCUGCUGCUGAACCCGAGUAUGCAACUCUGGCCUCGGCCCACCAACAGCUUGAAUUGGAGGCUUUUGCAGUAACUCGCGAGCCGAAAGACGAGGAAUACUCCGCGUGCUUCGAGGCCAUGGAACUGAUCGAUGGCGAAGUGACCUUGCGUCUCAUCGGCCUUGGUGCUGAUGGCGUCACGCAACGCAACGUCACAGUCACAAUGUUGGCUCUGCCCUGCGACUCAGACUCGCCGCCCGCAUCGUGCGGCAUGCAAUCAAACACGCUACCCACAUCGUGCGGCUCAUUCAUCACCACGUUCAUUCACGACUUGGAUUCGCUUGAAUUUCUCAAUGUUACAGCUGACAUUGUGGCCGUGACCAUCAGUUCGUUCGUCAAUGCGAAGGCGCCAAAGUUCACGUUUACCUUCCCCUUCUCGGCUACCAAUGGGCAGUUGCAGUCGUUUAUUUCAGGAUUUCACACAGCAUCCUCCAAGACAACGAGCAUCUGCGUUAACAGUCCAUUCCACUUCAUCGACGCGGCGGCCGAGUUGGCGGCGGGUCGUUUCCGUGCUGCCAGCCUCAUCACAUACGGUUUUGAUCUUGCGACUCCUCGCGCUUCAGACCCGCUUGCUCUCUAUCCUUUGUCCAGUGCGGAUGAUGAGCGUCGCAGCCGCCGUAGCCGUCGUGAGGUUAAUUCACCCGAGUCGCAGUACCUCGUCGACCUGUCAAUUGCCGAGGACCAGCUGGAGUUUCUGGCAGUCGGCCGCGAGGCCAUCUGGCGCACAACUCCUUCGACCUCGCAGGCUGGCAAUGACACGCACAAUGAGCUCUAUACGGUUCCGGCUACGGAUGCACAGUAUGCCACAAGCAACAUCGGCAUGCCUGCCAUCAGUGCUUCCGGGUUGAAGCCCGUCUGGCGUGUUACCUUUGAUGCACCGGCUGUCGUACAUCGAGUCGAGCUCUCCAUUCCGACUGUGUACAUGGAUGAGCAUCCAGCGCACUACGCUGAGGUGUUUGAUAUUGUCCUGUACAAUUCUGCCGACCUGCCGCUUCGUUCGACUCGCGUCUUUGGCCAACGCACACACAUCUGGGCGAAUGUGGAUGCCACCCAGGCCGCUUACCUGGAGAUUCAGGGCGUCUCUGAUCGUGCUGUGCAGCUCGCACUUGAUCGCGUCCGUGUCAUUGGCGGCUUUGAGCGCGAUUGUCUCCCUCUUGUGUCGUUUGAUCUGGCAUAUCUUGCCAACGACAUUCGCUUGGCUGGCGAGGUGGUCCACGUCUCGAAUGCAUCACUGGGCGCUUCCGUUUUGGCCUCCAGUCCACAGAAUUACCUGGUGUACUCGGUGCUUUCUGACUGGCACCCAGCUAGUACGAGCUCACUGCCGCAGCUCAAUUCAGCCGCCAUCGCACAGCUCGACAUCACCAACAGCGACAACCAGCAGCGGGUUGUCACGGAUGCAUCCUUUGAGUCGGCACUCGAUGAUUUGGUGGCUUCGUGGCUGAAUGGUGAUCUUGCCAACAACGGACUCGCUCUCCGCCUCGACCUGGACCAAGUCGUUCCAGUUUCGGCGUCUCUCUGUGAGAAGCACGGUCUCCAGAAGCCAAACUCCACAACCUGCCCGAGCUGCAACUGCACUUCUGGAUGUGAGCUCAAGUGGGAAGUGUCGACGUGGUCAUCCUGUGAACCUGCGUGCGGCGCUGGCACUCGCACUCGUAACAUCACCUGUACUCGCCGCGAUCCAUCCCAUCCGCCGCAUUUCUGGCCCACUGCAACUCCAUCCGAAUGUGCACGUCUUUCUGAUCCUCCGAGUGCCCUCGAGUCGUGCUACUCGCGUGAUGGCUGCUCGAACGGCAAUGUCAACACAGGCCUCGAUCCAUCUGCUGCCGUUUGGCCAAUUCUCGCCAAGACCCGCAUCCUCGAACUCAACAGCACAAUCUCGCGUGUUGAAUCCUUGAUCCAACUAGGCGAGCCGCACCUCUCCGCCGAGUUGCUUGUUGCGCAGAUUGCUCGCGACACGCUGUCAGCGCGUUUCGAGAGCCAAGUUGUCGACUCACGCACAAGCAUGGACUUGGCCAAGCUGUCCGUCGAACUCGAGGUGGUCGAUCUGCAAAACGAGCUGUCUGCGUCCCACACUCGCCAAGAGUCCGAUCUGCCGACCAAAACGGUUGCUCUCGAGCAGCUGGAGCUGGACGCUCGUAUGGCAUCUGCACGAGCGACAAUCAACAUGCCUGGGAGUGGCGUGACGUCGUACAAGAACAUUGGCAUGCUCGGAUUCGGAUACCACAUCUUCAAGGGCAACCCUCUUCCGUCGUCCGGUGUCGAUCCCGGGUUCACCUUGCCUGUCCUCAAGGUGGAUUACUCGAUGCGUCGCAUGACCGCUGAUGGCAGCACGAUGCUUCCUGACCGCGUCGCCGUCAUUCCGUACGCUUCCGCGCAGUUUGACAGUCGUUCCCACCUCGUAACGACCUCGUCCGAGUACGCAGAAAGCUUGGAAGUGGACGUGUCCAUCGAAACCUCCUUCUCGUUCAGUGCUCUCGUUGAAGGUGGAGGUGCCAAGUUUUCGGCGUCGAACGACUACAAGCAGGCCUCAGAGAUGCAUCAGUCGUCCGAAUCUGUUUCAAUCACCACCAUUGGCACCGUCUUGACAUAUGUGGCAGAGUUCCUGGAUGACACGCCUCCGCUCGCCGACCAUGUCAUUGAAAUGUUCAACGCGCUCCCGCCGCCCGCGUGCUGUGAUGGUCUUGUGCUUCCCUCGCACGCUGGAGUGAGCAAGGAUCGUUCGGCGUGCACCGCAAUCCAUGCAAACUGUGGCGACCUUUACCUUCGGUUUUUGGACAAGGUGGGGACCCACACCCUCAUCGGCGUCCACAUGGGCGGGAAGUCCAUUCGAGUGUACACCAUGGCACAAACCGAGUUUGAGUCGAGCGUGGAACAGUCGGAUGCCUUCAAGUCAUCAUUGUCGCUUUCGUCUUCUGGAAUCGAGUCGAGCUCCAUCGACACGUCCUUGAGCAUCAACAAGCAAAGCUCCCUUAAGCAAGCCGUCAAGGAUCGCACCGAGUCCCGCCGCGAGACGUUCAUGGGUGGUGACCCAACCGCAGGCACAAAUGAUCCGGAAGACCCCACAAACAUGGACGGUGACAAAGAGUGGAGCACGACAGUGUCGAAGAAUCCAGUUCCGAUCAAGUACAAGUUGGUGCCCGUGCUGCAGGUGCUGGCUGUCGCGCGUUUGUCCAAUGGCACCAACCAGGAGCUUGUCGGCUUGAAGCUCGACCUUUUGACCCGUUUCUACUUGCAAGUGUGCGCAAGCACACCUGGUGCUGACUGCGAAGUCCCGGCCAAGGCGGACGAGGUGGGAGUGCACUUUGGCGACUAUGUCACCCUCUCUCAAGUCAUCUCGGCAAGCAAUCACAUGGUCAUGGCAGAGGACCCCAAGCAAGGCAGGCUGAUUGCUCGUCAGGUGCCAGCGUCGAACGAGGACGUGGCAGACACGCACAUGGACAUUGUCAACCUUCCUGAUGGCGUUGUCUGCUCGUCGUGUGGUGAUUCAAGCCGCUACUUUAAUGGAGAAGCUUGUACAAUGUGCAAGAAUCCACACACGACUUGUGCACCAGUCCAGCACGAGUCGUGGUCCGAGGUCAUCCAAUCUGCAAACCGUGCGAGCGACAAGGGACCGGCUGGCAUCUAUCAGGUCAAGGGCGUCUCUUUCGACCAGUGUAAGCAAGCGUGCAUGGAGCGUCCCUCAUGCAAGGCCGGCGUCUACUUGACCAAUGCAGCCCAUGUGGACCGCGCGGUCGAAUGUAACCUGUUCGGCGAUCACCCUGAGAACGCGUUUGUUCGGCGCGGUGGUGACCAUGACGACAACUGGUACAUCUUCCAGCGGUGGGGUUGCUACAGCGCACAGCAUCCAGACUUUUUCACUGGCUGGAGGGCCUACGGCGCCAGCUCCUUCCGAAAGCAGCCGGUCGUCGACGUGGGCCUCGAGCGAUUGCGCAUCAUUUCUCCGUCGAGCGUUACGACAGGCAUCUCUUCGCCAGUUACGUAUGGCCGUCUCUUCAUGCUCGCCACGUCGUCGGGACUGGUGGUGCGGUCGUUGCAGCGCGACUGGUUUGACAUUAAAGCAACGAACGAGCAGUUGAGCACACUGCCGCUUCGUUUCCGCUUUGUCAGUCGCACUGCGGCAACCGGCACUGUUGUCCACUAUGGAGACAAUGUUGCAAUUGAAGAGGUCAUUGUCACUGGCCAACUGAGUCCGUCCGACCAAGCAGCCUUGCUGCAACGAACGCGUUUCCAGCGGAUGGAGCCGCACUAUCUCACCAUCAACAGCGGCAAUGGGUUGGUUCCCAUCAGCCAGAAUAUGACUGUGCGCUCUCGUAUGCUGACAGAGAUUGGCGAUCUGGAAUGGACUGUUCACCUGUCUCGCAAUCCGACCAGCACGAGCCUCUCGUCCGUCACUCCGCUGUUGUCGUACAGCCGGCAAGGAGACGAUGUGCUGAGCCGCACGUUGCUGUUUUCUGCGACAGUUGACCUGCUCGAGAGUGCCGGCGUUGACGACUUGAACACGUUGCAAGCUCGCUUGACGUUUAACGAUCCCGUCACUCGCGACUCGCCAAUCGCUCAGUACCCAGGUCGCGACCGCCUCUCCACGAUCACCGAUGACGCCUUCCUGACCCGGCUCGAUUUUGUCGUGCAGCUGCUGCGUCCGACCACUGCCGGGCUUGCCUUGCAUCUGGCUUCCAGCUCCGACGCAAUCCUGACGUCCGGAAAUGCAGGCAUUGCGCGAGAGGUGAAGAUUUCCUCGGUGCGUAUUUCAACCCGCGGUCGUUCCAGUACUGCCUACCAGUUUGUUAUCAAGCUCGCCGAGCCAGCCCAUGAUGGCGACGUGCUGAGCGUUUCUCUCAGUUCUCCAGAGCUGGUCAAGUCCACCAGCCAGGGUGUGUCUGUGGCUCCCGCUGACAACCAAGCCCUGUCCGAGCUUGUGCUUCCAGUUCGCUUCCAGCUGAGCAACAACUCGAGCAUUGUGUUCCAUUCCACUUCAAACAACGGUGCCGAGACGACCGUGCCACUGACGUUUUCGACGGGUGUUGUGAAUGCGGAGCGUGACUUCCCCUCGGUGUCUGACUUUGUUGUGACGGACAGUUCUUCGCCGGCGCGUCUUUUGACGAUUGUUUCGGCGCAGUGCCAGGUUAUGAAUGGGACUGGAAACGCGCUGGUGUUGGACUCUGUUCGGCACGAGGCAGACGUUCAAUCGGGAUGCGUGCAUGUCCUUGUCGGAGUUGCGACCAGCGAUCGCAUGCACCUCACCUUGCCCUUGUACAUUGACGUCGUUCAGGCGCGUAUCCGUGCGGCCCAACGUGUCGAAUAUGCCGAGCGGCGCCGUGUGGCGUUUUAUGAUGAAUGA